AUCGCCAAGUGCGUUCCUGUAAUGUUUACAAAUGGUGGCUAUUGAGAUGUAAAAACGGUAAAAACUUUUUUUUCAGGAUGCCUCCAAAAAAGCCCGUUGCAGCUAAAGCGCCAGCAAAAGCUGCGGUAAAACCAGCAGCUGGAAGGGGAGCGCCUGCCGCAAAGAAAGGAACAGUUGCACAAGGUGGUGCUAAGAAAGGAGCAGCCCCUGCUCCUGGGAAAGGAAAACCUGCUGCUGCUGCCCCAGCAAAGCCAAAGGAAAAAGUAUGGACAGAGAAAGAUGAUGCAGCAUUGAAAAUACAGACCAAAUACAGACAAUUCAGGGCAAAGAAAGCCUUGAUUAAAAAGAAGAAAGAAAAAGAAGAAUAUGAGGAACUCAUGGAUAAACUGGAAAAAGAGGCUUUUGUUCAACUUGUCAAAAUGGAACAAGAAAAAGCAGAAAAAGAGAGACAGAAAGAGGAGGAAGAAAGGAAAAGAAAGCGAGAGGAAGCCAAGAGAAAGAAGAGAAUGCUAGAGGCUGCAUUUGAAGGAGAUACUGAAGAAAUAGAAAAUAUUCUCAAAGAGGUCAAAAGCCUUGAUGAUCAGAAGGGUGUGGGGACAGAUGCUGUAGGGACAGCAAUACGUAACAAGCACCUGAUGAAUGUCAUAGAAUGUGAAGACGCUAAUGAUAACACCCCACUCUCAGAGGCAGCCAAUGGGGGAGAUCCCAAGACAAUUCAAAUGCUUCUAGACAAAGGUGCAAAUCCCAACUCCCAGGGACAGUUCAGGAGAACGCCCCUCUACAGGGCAGCAUUUGCGGGUCACUUAGAGGCUGUUCAGGUGUUGCUUCAGAAUGGUGCUGAUCCUCGCAUUUUUGCUGAUGAUGGUCAAAAUCCAGAACAGGUGGCCUCGGUGGCUGCUGUGAAGGAAGUCCUUGGAGAGUGGGAUGUGGCUGAAACAGAGAAAUUACUACAAAAACUAGAGGCAGAAAAACGGAAACGUAAAGAGGAGCAGCAAAUGAGGAGGGACGCAGAGACUUCCAAGUUACAAGGAUCUGUACAGGCAGCUCAAGAGGAAUAUGACAGAAUCCAGAAACAGUUGAGCCAUGCCUAUUGUGAAUUAAAUAAAAGAAUUAAUGAACAUGACACAGCCAUUACUUCAGGAUUCGAUAGACCUGAACUUACACUGCAGGGUAUACAUGACCAGGAAGAUGAAGUGGAGAUACUGAAGUCUAAAUGUGAGAAGGCAAGAGAAGCCCUGGCCAAUGCUAAACUAGAGCUGCGUGAACAGAUAAAUGAAGGCUUAGAGACCAAUGAAAAUCUUCCAGGUAUUCAGAUAAUGAUUAAGGAACUGGAUGAUGUACUUCUCAGGGAUGUUGGCAAUAAAAUCCAGGAUUCUGGAAAAUGGCCGCUGAUUAUUGACAGAAGUGCUCAGGCAGCCACUUUUCUGCGGUACAGAGACACAAAUUAUCUCAACACGCUGAAUACCAAGGAAAUGGAACCCAACAAAGUCAGACUGUCACUUCUUGGUGCUAUCAGAUUUGGCAAACCACUGGUAAUUGACAUGAUGGAGGUAGAUAUGUUCCAUGUUGUCAGUGACAGAUUUGAUGAAAUCGAGAAAGGUCUCAUGGACAAAAUUAUGGACAAAAGCAUCAUGCAGGAGGAAAAUUACCUGAAACUAAUAAAAGAAGGAGAUGGUCCCGAAUAUGACAAGAACAAAUUCACAACAUUCAGGACUCAAAACUUUAAAUUAUGGAUUGUCACCAAGAACCCUUAUCCUCCAGAGUCUUUAAUAGACAGCUGUUAUGCAAUAAGAAUUUUUGUUCCAACGUAGUACAGUCCAGUCAGUGACGAUGUACCUUUAACGGGAUGCAGAGCUUCCAUUGUUAUAACCUGUAGACAUGCAUUUUAUCAUUAGUCUGUCCUCUUUUUAAGUGUGAUUGGUUUCUGUGAUUGUUUAUUUCAUUUAAUUGACUUUUUAAAAUACUUGAAGCCGUGUGGACAAUCCAUAUUCAUUCCUAGUCAUAAAUAAAGUUGUCUAUAUUUA